CAGGAGCUUUAUCUCGGCGAAAAUAGUAUACAAAGCGCCGAUGGAGCCCAUCUUUAUCAGCUGAUAUUGAAUAACUUCACUAUACAAAUGAUUGACUUGCGCAAUAAUCAACUAGGGGAUGCUGGCGUUGCUAAAAUGUUCGAAGCACUGCGAAAUCCGGAAGUCAUUAAGAAGAGCGCUUUGACAGCUAUUGUACUUUGGAAUAAUAAAAUAACUGCAGCUGGAAUGGAUACAAUCACUGCUGCCUUGUGCGAAAAUCCUCAUUUGGAAACUCUUAACAUCGGAAGUAAUCCGCUUGGUGAAUCCGGCGUACAGCGUUUACGUCCUGCAUUAGGAGCUAAUGGUAGCAAUCUUCGCAGACUUGGCCUUCAGAAUACUCAAAUGACUUGUCAAAGUGCAAUACUAUUGGCCGAAUGUCUUGCCGAUAAUUCGACACUAAUACGUGUCGAUCUCAGGGAUAAUCCGGCAAUAGGGUCUGCCGGACUGCUUGCAAUUCAUUCGGCAAUGAAAAUUAAUGAGUCCAUAUCGUUGCUAAAUUUAGACCAGAGCUGUGUUGUUCCUACGAAUGCCAAGUGUGGUACAACGAGUGUAGGCGAAUGCGCAGUUGUACAGGUACGGCAAUAUCAGGAGGACUUCCGACGGUAUUACGAAGACAUCAAACGUUACUGCGAACGUAACAAACUAGCUGCCUUGCAAAAAGCUGAUGUCUCGUCAGAAAUUGUCGGAAUCGAUGUAACUUUGGUUUCUGAGAAGUCGGAUGUGAAGGAAGGGAAUGCGUCAUGUAGUGAUUCUGUUGCUGGUUCGUUCUCUGUUUUUUUCUAA